CUCAGUACAAUAUCAAAGUUGGAAGGGUCAUUUUUGACGUGAUGAUGGGUGGACUUAAGUAGAACUUGUCGCAAGCUAGAAGUCGAUGCAGAGUGACAUCGUCUGGCUCAUUUAUUUACGCUGUACAUACCGGCUCGACGUCGUGUGGGAUGAUGGCGGUGAGGUUGUGUGUGUGGCGUGGUAACUAAUUGCACGCAGCCCCGUCGCGGGCCGUCGUCGCAGUGGAAUCCAAAUCGAACUCAUUGGAGUCGGCGGCUGGCCCCUUCUGCUCAGCGUCUUUGGCAACGACGUCGACCUUAUUAUCGAAGGACUUUUUGUCUGGGACAUUUCCAACUUUAUUUCAUUCGCUCUCUGCCACUGACACGCACGUUCUCGCUCAACCCAAGAUCCUUCGACGACGUUGACAUUCUGCAGUCAAACAAAAGCUCUGCCUAAGGCUGCUAUUCCCCUGAGAAAUGGGUAUCAGUUUUGGGUCCUUCGAUGGCGUAUGUAGCACCGCUGCGCUAGUCAUCUGCCCGCUAUUGGGCGCAUCUGGUCAAGGCAUCGAACCCAAUUGUUAUUCUCGCAACGUGCAAAUCGGGUCCACGCUCAUCUUCCAACCAUCAACAUGCUUCGUUCACAUCGUCGCCAUUAUCAUGACUGCGAUCAUGAUCUAUCACAUCCGUUCCAAGUACACCGCAGUUGGUCGUAAGGAAAUCGUCAUGUUCUUCUGGUUGUACAUGGUUAUCGAACUGCUUGCGAUGUUUCUCGACUCCGGAAUCAUACCAACGGCCAACAUUAGCUAUCCUUGGUUUGCCGCUGUUUACACAGGUCUCAUUGCAGCUGCAUACUGCUGUCUUCUGAUAAACGGCUUUGUCGGGUUCCAGUUCGCAGAAGACGGCACCCCUCUCUCGCUAUGGUUCCUCCGAUUAUCGUGCCUUUUCAUCUUCGGAGUCUCAUUCCUCAUCGCCAUUGCAACCUUCAAUUCCUUUAUCGGUUUUUCCCCAACCAAGACCACUGCUCUGUUUAUUGUAUACCUCAUUUGGCCCAUCUUCUGUGUCACGACGUACACACUGUCCCAACUUGUCCUCGUGUUCCGGACGUUGGAUGACCGCUGGCCACUGGGCGAUAUCAUUUUCGGCAUUGCAUUCUACACUAUCGCCCAAGUCCUUCUCUUCGCUUUCAGCGUCACCAUUUGUAAUGCCAUCAAACACUAUCUCGAUGGACUCUUCUUCUUUACGCUCUGCGUUCUCCUGAGCGUUAUGAUGGUAUACAAAUAUUGGGACAGUAUCACGCGGGAGGAUCUGGAGUUCUCGGUCGGAUCCAAGGCUGCUGUCUGGGAAGUCAAAGAUCCGCUGCUAACGGCGCCCGUUGCCGCGGAUUUCGAAGAAGACACGACAAGCAAUUAUCAUACGGGUGGUACCGCGGCGAGUUUGGUCGGUGGCGUGAGCGGUGGGCAAUAUUAUUAUGGCGGGGGAGGCAAAGGCGGAGCAGGAGGAGGGUACUCGCAGGGGGGAUACGGAGGUGCACAACGAGGUUACCCACCUACAUCAGACAGGUAUUGAAGACUUCUUUCGGUGACUUUUGGGGGGAUGGACCUGGAUAAGUUUAAGCUAAGUACGACGACACGGACGUCGUUUAAUGAUCCCCUCCUUUGGUUUACGAUGUGCAUUACAAGCUGAGCUGUAGACUUAGGUUGAGUUGCAUCUGGUGACCCUGUCCUUCCGAGUUGUUUACAAAGUAGUACUUAGAGAACAUACAGGUGAUAUAUCAUACAUCGGAACCGCCAUGUCAGAGUCCA